CACAAGCUCCACUGACUGAGGCGCGUUUGUUCCCAAAGUUGAGGAGGCGAAAACCGCACUUUGCCCUCCUUGCAAACUCAACAGGACCGACGUUCGAUUUGGUUUUUGGGACCUUCCUUCCAAGCGGCAGGAGUGCGCGCACCGUCGCAGGCGGGCUGCCGGUGCACUAUUCUCGGGGCUCGGCGCGUGCGGAUUCGCACUUUUUCUUCCUUUUUUUUUUUUUUUUUUUUUUUUGGGGUGCCCCUCGCCGCUUGUUUCGCAUGAAUCUCCUCGACCCUUACCUGAAAAUGAGCGAAGAACAGGACAAGUGUCUCUCCGACGCGCCCAGUCCCAGCAUGUCCGAGGACUCGGCCGGCUCGCCGUGCCCGUCCGGCUCCGGCUCGGGCUCGGGCUCGGACACGGAGAACACCCGGCCCUCCGACAUGCACCUCCUGCACGACGCCGACUACAAGAAGGAGGGGGACGAGGAAAAGUUCCCCGUGUGCAUCCGGGACGCCGUGUCGCAGGUGCUGAAGGGCUACGACUGGACCCUGGUGCCCAUGCCGGUGCGCGUCAACGGCUCGAGCAAGAACAAGCCGCACGUCAAGAGGCCCAUGAACGCCUUCAUGGUUUGGGCCCAGGCUGCGCGUCGGAAGCUGGCCGACCAGUACCCGCACCUGCACAACGCGGAGCUCAGCAAAACUCUGGGCAAACUCUGGAGGCUCCUCAAUGAGGCCGAGAAGCGACCGUUCGUGGAGGAGGCCGAGCGCCUCAGGGUGCAGCACAAGAAGGACCACCCGGACUACAAGUACCAGCCGCGGCGGAGGAAGUCGGUGAAGAACGGCCAGAGCGAGCCCGACGACGGCGAGCAGACGCACAUCUCGCCCAACGCCAUCUUCAAGGCCUUGCAGCGGGCAGACUCGCCCGCCUCCAGCAUGGGCGAGAUGCACUCCCCCGGAGAGCACUCGGGUCAGUCCCAGGGUCCGCCCACGCCCCCGACCACCCCCAAGACAGACCUGCCGUCCGCCAAGCCCGACCUGAAGCGCGAGGGUCGCCCGCUUCAGGAGGGCCCGAGCCGCCAGCUCAACAUCGACUUCGGCGCCGUCGACAUCGGCGAGCUGAGCAGCGACGUCAUCUCUAACAUGGGCAGCUUCGACGUGGACGAGUUCGACCAGUACCUGCCGCCCCACAGCCACGCCGCCGCCCAGGGGGGCUACGUCGCCGGCUACGGCGCGGGCGGCUCCUCGGUCGCCGCCCAGGGGAGCAACGUCGGGGCCUGGAUGUCCAAGCAGCAGCACUCUCUGAGCGGCUUGGGGGGAACGGCGGCGGGGGAGCCGGCCCAACAGCGAGCCACUCAGAUCAAGACGGAGCAACUGAGCCCGAGUCACUACAGCGAGCAGCAGCAGCAGGGGCAGGGGGGCUCCCCCCAACACGUCGCCUACGGCUCCUUCAGCCUGCAGCACUACAGCGCCGCGUCGUACCCGCCCAUCACCAGGGCCCAUUAUGACUAUUCCGACCACCAGGCGGGCGCCUACUACACCCACUCGUCCGCUCCGGGCCAGGGCUCCGGCCUCUACUCCACCUUCAGCUACAUGAGCCCCGGGCAGAGGCCCAUGUACACCCCCAUCGCCGACACCGCCGGGGUCCCCUCGGUGCCGCCCGCCCACAGUCCGCAGCACUGGGAGCAGCAGCCCAUUUACACCCAGCUGUCCCGGCCGUGAGGACCGCCCCAACCCGCCCACCCCCCCCCCCCCUGCCCCCCGCCCUCUAAAAACACCACAUUGACUCUUCUUUUUCGAGUUGUAUCUCUCUGGGGUCACUGAUCGUGUCGCGGUACAUCCGCCUGACUUGAGCGCAGUCACUUUGGCUUCAGUUCCCACGCAGUGACAGUGUGAAUGCUUGUCUGUCUAUAUGUCCGCUGCGAUCAGUCCAGGCUGUAGUCAGCUGAGAAAGGCGUCAGUUUCCCGCGACUGAACAGGAUAAGCGGUAUAGAGAAUGAAUGUAUGGAUGUAUCUCUCUGGAUUGGCUCCCGACAGUGCCUUUUUGUAACGCUUGGAAUGGUGAUUAUAUUUUUCUAGAUAUAAUACAAGAUUAAAUCCUCCGUGAGGACAUAGUGCUUUGAAAUAUUUUAGUAUGUACUGUGUAUGUGUUCUGCUCUGCAGCUAAUCCGUGCCAUCCGUUGAAAUGUCUUAAAGGAGCGAGAAUGCCGAGUAAAAUGGAGAAAAAAAAAAGAAAAAAAAGCACCCUCUGUGGCCUUGCUUCUGUUUUUUUUUUUUUUUUUUUUUUUUUGUACGGCAUGGUGUGACGACAGUUUUUUUGUUUGUUUUUCCCGACUGUACAUAUUUUUGCUUCAGUAGAGGACUGAGCGUUGCAGGCUAUGUCAGAGGUUCGGCGAGGGGGGAUACGUUGUUUAUUUAUAUAUUCUGAGCAUUUGGUCUUUUUAUAACAGCUCCUCUGAGGUUUUUAGAGUUUUAUGACGGGCCACAGUAUGACAGGCCUUAGUUUGACGGGUCAUAGGUUGCGCUACAAGCCGUUCUUUUUCGGCGGGGGGCCUUACCGCAACCCUCGCUUCCGUCUGCCUUGAUGCCACCGGUGCCUGCGGGGCCACGGGCGCGGGGCUCCGUCCACCGGCGUUCCCACUUCCUGCUCUCAGCAGCCAGCAGGUCCGAGCCCCGCCACGCGCUUCUGUCCUCUCGACAACGCCCUUUCUAACCUCACUUAAUUUAUUCUUUAGCAUUAAUUUUAUUGGAAAAUUAACUCUUUUUUUUUUUUUUUUGCAAUUGUCUUUGGAGUUCAGAGGCUCGUCGAGCAGAGUAGUUUGCUGUCGUUUUGUUUUGUGGUACACUUGUGUUUAUUUAUCGUUUGUAAAUGUUAUCAUUUGAUUCUCUGCACGUGUUCAGAUGAUUCGAGUCAAACUGGAAAUUGUUUUCUUUUUUCUCACUGUCUUCUGGAGGCUAUUUUGUGGGGGGAAAAAAUUGUUGCUGGAAUGGACACGAUACUUUUUGUUUUUCAGAGAUUUGUGUUCCUUCUUUUAUAUUCUGUAUCAUUAGUCCUGAUUUGUGUCAUCUCUUAUCGCAGUCUCCUUUUAGGUAAACAUGGCAUCGUCUUAAAAAAAAAGUGUAUCUUUUUUUGUAUCAUAUUGUUUGCAAUAAAAACAAAACACUGUAAACUGUCA